GAGAGGGCGCUGUUAUACAACACUGUCUAGUUACGUUUAAUAUAGUUUUGUUUUAUGAACAUUGAGGAUAUUAUAAAUAUAAUUUAAGUUCUUAGAUACUAAGACAGCUGAAAGGUUGUUGUUGAUAUGGAGCAGGACGUAGCGAUUGAAAUACUUAUUAAAAAAUUGAAAUCUGAAAAGUGUCUACUUUCAAAGCAACCAAUACUGUGUGAAUUAAAUUGUCUACUCAAAAAGGAAGCCACAGAGGAUAGACAUGGACAAAAUAAUGCUUUUAUGAUAGAGGUUGUUAGCGCGAUUGCUGAUAGCGGAAUGGUUCAAGAAUUUAAACAUGGAGAUGACAGAGAGUAUCAGUCAAAUGAUUUUGUUGGAGCAGCAGAUACAGCUGUUGAAACUCUAGAUUGCUUGCUGAGUCUCUUGGUCAGUAUUUCUCAUAACUUAGUGACAAGCACUAAGUUCCUACAGGCUCUCCUGACACCAGUGGUGAUGUUGUGUGCCUCCCAUAAUGAACACUUUCUGUGGACAAGUCCUCAGUCUGUUGCUAAGGCUGAAAAGCUUCUGGAGGUUGUAUGCACGGUGUGUGGGUGUUCUUGUAUAUCUGACGUUCUGGCAUCAAAUGAAGCCACUACUUUUUCCUCUCCCCAGUUGGCUCAACCCAUGCUUGACAUUCUGAAACAACAGCUUACUAAGAAUAAUUGGAGGAAGAAUCCUGCUAUGAAGGAAGUAUUUAAAUGGCUUUUGUUUAACAUUAAGGUGAUUUGA